CUACAAUUAUUUUUUAUGGAUGGAUCUUUACUUUAUUUAUAUCAGGAUGCUGCAGACAGGAAAGGAAUCUAUGCCUGAUGAUGAGUCAUAUGAAUUGGUUGUUGGUAUGCUGUUUUUGACAGACCAGAUUGAUGCUACCUUGAGAUAUGUUGAUUUGACUUUGAAAUCUGGUUAUAUGUUGUCAAUGAGGGUUUUUGUUGAGUGUGUGAGAAGUUGUGUUAACAAAGGCAGGCUGGAUGCUUUGGUGUCUAUUAUAAAGAGGUGCAAGACAAUGGAUCAGAAUAAAGCUCUUUUUCCCUCCUGGAACAUGUGCAUCUUCAUUGCAGAUAUUGCGAUGCAAGAGGAUAAUAGCAAGUUAGCUUUUUAUGCCCUGGAAUUCAUGGCCAGAUGGAUUGCUCGGGGUGAGAAUGCAAGGGGUCCUGUUCUACUCUCUGUGGAUGAGGGGCUUGUUGUAUCAGCACUUGGAACUGCUGGUAGGACUUAUAGUUGUACUCUUCUAGAUGCAUCAUGGGCGAUCCUACGACGAUCAUUGCGUCAAAAGAAGGCACCUCAACCAGAAUCUUAUCUUGCAAAAAUAUAUGUCGAUGCAGCAUUGAGGAAUUUGCAGAGAGCAUUCAGCACUCUGCAUGAGUUUGAAACCGCUUAUAGGAACUCCCCCAAAGAAGCAGAAGAGGAUAUAUUCUCACCUUUUACAUCUUUACAUCCUUUGAUAGGUCGAAUUCCUGCAACUGUACAAGGCAUUUACACCAACUAUACAAGGCAUGUACACCAACUGUACAAGGGUGUACAAGGGUGUGUAUCUGAAGGUGGGUUGAUUGUUGAAGUGGGAGCUUUGUCAUGA